CCACCAGGGCUGCCCUCACACGCUUGAGGGAGCGUCCCCGUCAGGGAAUAGCACCAGCAGCCAACAGGGGCCAUCGUGACGCUACCUACACCUAUCAAGGGCCCGCCAGCCGAAGCAGGAAAAGCCUCUGGGGACUGCCAGACGGCGCAGUGUGUCAUGGCCGCAGAGAAAGCUGCACUUUCCCCCAGCACCUCACCACGCCGUGCUGUGUGUACCGUCCCUCGCUGCGUCUUCUCGUCCUGCAUGCUCCUCUGCCAGACCUGUCCGCACGCCGCCUGCGCGCCCUGGCCCUCUCCGCGCCCGGCCAAUAGUCGCCGCCGUCAAGCCUCGAUAGCGCACCGUCGCGUGGAGGCAGGUCCAUGCCGGUUCUUCGCCGGUCCUGAUGCCACCGUCUGCGCUGCUGCUAUCCCGACCUCCCCUUAUUAUCCUCCAAGGAACCACUGUGGCUACGCCGCCCAGACAUCCUGGGACGCUACGCAAUUCGCCGAACCCGCAAUAUCAGCCCGCACAUAUCAUCAUCACACGUCCCUGGGUACCUCCGGCCUGAGCACCGCUCGACUGACAUUGUGCAUUUGCACCUUUACUAGUCGUGCCUCUGCCUUCUCAAUUGUGCUCAGAAGAAGCACAGCCUGUCGGGGUGUCGUGCAGCACCAGAGUCAACUCCAAGCUUCCCUGACUAAGCAUCGUGUACUCUCGGAGGAAAGAGCGCCCCAACGUCGAAUCCCCCACCACUGCCCCGCGUCUGCGUCCCGCGUCGCCAGCCUUUUUCCGCCUCCAACGACUUUUGCAACACUGUGCCACACAGCUGCAGUCUGCUGUCGGCCGUCCGAAAGGCCAACAUUCGCUCCUCUGGCGCCCCACUCGUCCCAUUUCACGCGCUUCGCCUGCUUCGGCAGCUUUUGGCGUACCGCGACAACCGUGCGCUUUCUAUAAUUCCUUUUUUCCUGCGCUAUACCCUUCUCCGCCGCCGUUCGAGGUCCCGCAGUAAAUUUCUCGUCGCGUGGUCGACUUUAUUCGCCGUCUAUUCUCUUUGAAAUCGGACUUCCACCUCA